AUGGCUCUCGUGGGAAUAGACUUCCGCGCACCUUUGAGGGAAGUUAAGAGAGUUCAGUUUGGAAUCUUAAGCCCAGAUGAAAUUAAACGAAUGUCCGUUGGUGAAAUCGAGUUUCCGGAAAUAUACGAGAAUGGUAAACCUAAAAAAGGAGGCUUGAUGGAUCCUCGGCAAGGAGUCAUUGACCGCAGAGGAAGGCAUGCGUUUUUUAAAUGUAUGACCUGUGCGGGCAACUUGGCUGACUGUCCUGGACACUUUGCACAUUUAGAACUUGCAAGACCAGUAUUUCAUAUUGGUUUUCUCACAAAAAUAUUGAAAGUUCUUCGGUGUGUUUGUUUCUACUGUAGUAAAUUGCUGCUAGAUAAAGAUAAUAAACGUGUAAAAGAUAUAAUAAGAAAAACACAAGGUAACCCUCGGAGGAGGUUCACUUUAAUUUAUGAUAUGUGCAAGUCAAAGGUCGUUUGUGAUGGUGGAAAUGAAAUUGAGAAUGUGAAUCCUGAGGAGGGAGAGGAUGGAGAGAAAGUCAUAAAGGCCAGCGGUUGCGGUCGAUAUCAGCCUUCAUAUCGCCGUACUGGAAUCGACCUUAAUGCUGAGUGGAAGAAAAAUGUGAACGAAGACACACAGGAACGGAAAAUAGUCCUCACAGCAGAACGAGCUCUUGAAAUCUUCAAGCAAAUUUCUGACGAGGAUUGCAUCAUUCUAGGUAUGGACCCACGCUUUGCUCGUCCUGACUGGAUGAUUUGCACUGUUCUCCCAGUCCCUCCGCUUGCAGUCCGCCCAGCAGUGGUUACUUUUGGAUCGGCGAGGAAUCAGGACGACCUGACACACAAGCUUUCUGAUAUUAUUAAAACGAACAUUCAAUUAAGAAAUAAUGAGGCUAAUGGUGCAGCCGCUCACGUCUUAGCAGAUGACGUGAAAUUACUACAGUAUCAUGUAGCCACACUUGUCGAUAACUGCAUUCCUGGGCUCCCAACUGCUACGCAAAAAGGAGGAAGGCCGCUAAAGUCUAUCAAGCAACGGUUGAAAGGGAAAGAAGGACGAAUCCGAGGAAACCUUAUGGGUAAACGUGUUGAUUUCUCUGCACGAACUGUCAUUACUGCUGAUCCAAACCUGCCGAUUGACACCGUUGGUGUGCCAAGAACUAUUGCGCAGAACUUAACAUUCCCAGAAAUAGUCACCCCGUUCAACAUUGACAAGCUUCAAGAGCUUGUAAAUAGGGGAGACUCACAGUAUCCCGGCGCAAAAUACAUCAUCCGAGAAAACGGCGCUCGUGUUGAUCUGAGGUAUCACCCCAGAGCAGCUGAUCUUCAUCUUCAGCCAGGCUACAGGGUAGAGCGGCAUAUGCGCGAUGGCGACAUUAUUGUUUUCAACCGGCAGCCGACUCUCCACAAAAUGUCUAUGAUGGGGCACAGAGUAAAGAUCCUUCCUUGGUCCACAUUUCGUAUGAAUCUUUCUGUGACCACGCCGUACAACGCUGAUUUUGAUGGAGACGAAAUGAAUCUGCAUCUUCCUCAGUCUUUGGAAACCAGAGCAGAAAUUGAGGAGAUUGCAAUGGUACCAAGGCAGCUUAUCACUCCUCAAGCCAACAAACCUGUGAUGGGUAUUGUACAAGACACCUUGUGUGCUGUUCGUAUGAUGACCAAAAGAGACGUUUACAUCGAUUAUCCAAAAAUGAUGGACCUUCUGAUGUAUUUACCGUCAUGGGAGGGUAAAGUUCCACAACCGGCGAUCAUGAAGCCGAAACCGCUUUGGACGGGAAAGCAGCUUUUCUCGUUGAUCAUUCCGGGAAAUGUAAACGUGUUAAGAACGCACAGUACUCAUCCUGAUGACGAAGACAGCGGCCCCUAUAAAUGGAUUUCUCCCGGUGAUACUAAAGUACUCGUUGAACACGGAGAACUCAUUUCUGGUAUUGUCUGUUCGAGAACUGUCGGACGAUCAGCUGGUAAUCUUCUGCACGUAGUUGCUUUGGAAUUGGGUCAUGAAGUUGCGGCUAAAUUUUAUUCCCACAUCCAAACUGUAAUUAACGCAUGGCUCAUUGGAGAAGGUCACACUAUUGGAAUCGGGGAUACCAUUGCUGACCAGGCGACAUAUCGUGAUAUCCAGGAAACGAUUAGAAAAGCGAAGCUCGAUGUGAUUGAUGUCAUUGAAAAAGCUCACAAUGAUGACUUGGAGCCCACACCUGGUAAUACUCUGCGUCAAACUUUCGAAAACAAAGUGAACAGGAUUCUUAAUGACGCCCGUGACCGAACAGGAAGUUCUGCUCAGAAGUCACUAUCCGAGUUCAAUAACUUCAAAUCUAUGGUAGUGUCCGGCUCGAAAGGAUCAAAAAUUAAUAUUUCUCAGGUCAUUGCUUGUGUGGGACAGCAAAACGUUGAAGGUAAACGAAUUCCGUUUGGUUUCCGCCAUAGAACGUUACCACAUUUCAUCAAAGAUGAUUACGGACCUGAGUCUAAAGGAUUUGUGGAGAACUCUUAUCUUGCCGGUCUAACCCCAGCUGAAUUCUUCUUCCACGCUAUGGGAGGUCGUGAAGGUCUCAUUGAUACUGCUGUAAAGACAGCUGAAACCGGAUAUAUCCAGCGACGUCUAAUCAAAGCUAUGGAGAGUGUGAUGGUUAACUACGAUGGAACAGUUCGAAACUCACUGGCCCAAAUGAUACAGCUGAGAUAUGGUGAAGAUGGUCUUGACGGUAUGUGGGUAGAAAACCAGAGCAUGCCCACUAUGAAGCCUACAAACAUGCUUUUCGAAAGGGAUUUCAAGAACGAUCUCUCCGACGAAAAGUCGCUUCGUAAGUAUUACACAGAAGACUUGGUGCGUGAAUUGCAAGCCUCACCGGAAGCCACGAAAGAGUUGGAAUCGGAAUUCCAACAACUGGAGGAGGAUCGCAGAUUACUUCGAAAGAUAUUCCCUACUGGUGAUGCGAAGAUUGUGCUGCCAUGUAAUCUCCAGCGUUUAAUUUGGAAUGCUCAAAAGAUUUUCCACGUGGAAACUCGGUGUGUCUUUGCAUAG